AGUGAAAUGAUUCUUUUUUUCUUUAAAUUAUAUAAAAAUUUAAGAUUAUUCAAUCUUCACAAAAUUUACUGUGUAAAAGUUAUCAGCAUUUGGGAUUUAGUUUGCAGCAUUGCAUCCUUAAGCAAAAAGUAGCACACUUGAAGUUAAUUUUAGUGAGCAUACUUUAGCAUAAGUGUAGUAAGUAUACUACAUAAACCAUGUAACUACUAAAGGAAGUAUACCAGCUGUAUACUUCUUCAGACUAAAUUGGAAAAUUUUAACCUUAGAAUAUAUAUAGUAUUAUAUAUUGAGAAAAGGAGAAAGGACACAAAAAGUUGUAACUGUUUGAGGUGAUAGUUUACAAAAGGUAGACCUCGUGUCAAACAGUGAGUGCUGUUUCUCUGUGGUGACCCCAAAAAUGGGAUAAGCCGAAAGUUGAAGAAGAAGACAACGCGUCAAUAUUGGGUUCAAAUCUUCUUAAAUAGGUUUUUGCAGGGUGAAAUGAAUUUAGUAAUAAACAUAUUAAAUCUUAAUGUAAAAAUAUAAUCCAUGAUAAAUAAUCUACAUAUUGCUUCUAAUAUUCAAUACAUAUGUGGCAAAAUUACUGUAUUUAUUUUUAAAAAAAUGCUCUAAUAUUUUUAUUACAGCUCAAAUUUUUCCAACAAAAGAGAAGGUUCAAAGUGAAAUAAUACAGUCUUGUUCUUUGAAUUAACAACUAACAUAUUCCAGGGAUUUUCAAGGAGUUUUGCAGAUGUCAUAUAUAUUAACUUUUUUUAAAAUAAGGAAAAUAAGUUAUCUUAAAGGUGACGUCACUCUGGACCUUUGUUUAUCCAUUGGCCUUACUGUAAUGAUGUUUGAAUAGCGCUGCUGCCCUCUAGUGGCUAAACAUUGCCACUUUGGAUUUGACCAACACGGUGACCCGUAGAUGACCCCACUUAAAAAAACAACAUUGGAUUAUUUAAAAAAGAGAGAGAACAAAAAAGAAAAUUACCCUCAUGCUUCAAACGAUUUAUUUUAUUUUUUAAAGAAAAGUGUUGUUGUUUGUGACGUGGGAGCGGAAAUCUAGAAGACUGGGAUUUUUCAGACGUUCAUCUGAAAGUAAAUAAAAAAAAUGUACAGCCUUCAAAAGCCUGAUUUUGAAGUCCUCAUCCUUGCUGAGCUGCAGAGACAACAACAGUCCCAACAGUUCUGUGAUGUUUUGUUAAAGGCAAAAGAUACUUUCGUCCCCAUGCACAGCUGCAUUCUGUCAGCUCUCAGUCCCUCCAUCUACUCGACUCUUUCCUCCAUGCCACCGCCUCCUCCAGGAAAUAGAUGGCUCCUGGAUUUCCCAACUUUGGAUAAUCGCACCAUGUUCCACCUGGUCAGACUCUUUUACACGGGAAGGAUGACUGGAGUGGCAGAAAACGAGAAGCAGGAGACAAUUUGUGCUGCGGCUAGGCUAGGGAUCCACGGCUUGGUGGAAGAAACCGAAACAGACAAUGGAGGGCAGGCGGAGCUUUGCCGCCACAAAGAGGCAGGAGUGCAAACAGAUGCCCAGAGGAGGGAGGAAGACGAGAGACCACAAGUGAGGUGGAGGCGAGAGGUGGUGGAAGGGAACACCUACCUUUGGAAAGAGAUGCUGUCAGGCCCUGGAAAAGAGGUGUGGACUCAAACGGAAGAGACAAGCGCAGCCCCCCUUGCUCUCCCACUGGCUUCCUUUGAAACAGUUGAUGUGGAGGCCUUUCAGAAUUUAACACAAGCAGAUUACCAUCAGUGUGUCCCUGUUGCUGUCCUCUGCCCACCAAAGGACAACCAGACUCACCAGCUUUCAUCCUCCACCCCUCCAGCCAGUGAUAAAGAACCCUCUCAUAGUGCUGAACCAGUGCCAGCCAGGAAUGACCCCCCUACUCAUUUUCCCCAUCAGAGGGUUUGCGGUACCGCUAUGCCUCAGAGCAGCUGGACUGGUCUGCAGGGAGCAAACAGGAUAGCCACAGAGCCUGAUGAGUUGGAGAACGAGGAUUUUGAACAUUUUCAAGACAACAUUCCUGGAUUCAUCAACUACUUCAUGAACCAAGACAAAAAGGAAGAAAGGGGGCUCAGGGGGAGAGGCAGGGGGAGGCAGAGAGGUGCCAGUACAGCCGGAGCAGGUCAGCAGAGAGCUAGGAGACCACGAGGGGAACCACAAGUGGAACCCAAAGGGGGACCGCGAGGGAGACCGCGAGGGGGACCGCGAGGGGGACCGCGAGGGAAACCAAGAAGGCGGGGACCAUCCACCCAAUUAGUGGAUGGGGAGAAUGUGAAGACGAGCAAGCCUAAGAAGAUGUUUCUACAAAAGUGGGGGGUGAAAACACCCAGAACGGGUCAGGGUGGAGGAUCUGUUGGCAAAAAGUUGUUUCUGAAGACAAGAGAUGAUUUGAAAGCAACAAGGAGGCAGAGAGGAUGCAGCCAGGCAUGGAAGCAAAGCCCGAUCAAGAACGUGCAGCCGAGGACCCUGGGACGGGAACAAAAACGCCCCCAUCAACGCCGCUGUAACCAGGAAAGUUUUCGGGAGAACAAAUCCUCCUUGGUUUCUGUUCAACCUUCAUCUUCCUUCACUGGACCCCUCCAGACAUCUUCAGCUCACAUCUCUGCGCCCCCUGCUGCCUCCCACAUAACCGCAGGGCCACCCACCCUCCACAACACACCCCUCCCUCCUCAGGAGGAGCAGAUUGACCGCCUUCUGGAUGAGGUCCUGAUGGAGCUUCAUAUUUUACCAAAUAAUUACAGUAUACCUGCACAGACACAGGGUCCUCUUCCAACCAGCAGCAGCACUUUUGGUUCCUCACAAGCCCGAAGCAAGCAGCAGGACCCCCCCGCAGGCUCAGAGGUGCCGGUUCUGCAGCAGCAGUCUGAAGGAGAGCUGAAUGAAAUCCUGGUCAAUUUCCUGCAAUCCUUCGAGGAGCACAUCGAGAGCAGAGAGGCAUGCGAUGCGAGUCGUGCAUCAGAUGACGGCCAGCCUUACACCAUCCAGAGCGAACAAACCAAAAGCUCGAGCGACCCUCAGGGGCCCAGCAGGGUCAGAUGUUUUCAGGCAGCCAUAAACGGAGAUCUGCGUGAAGCCCCUGCUGCUGGUGAAACUUGCUCUGAGGGCAUCAAAAAAACACUUAAAAAAAAGAAACCAAAAGAAUUGACCUCGAGAAAGAUCAAGACAUUACCACUGGAGAAGAAAGUCAAGAAAAGGAGGAAGGAGAAGUCGUCGAGUGACGCCAAGGCCAAAAGUGUGAUUGAGCGGGCAGAUUAUCUGCAGCAUCAGCAGAGGACAACGGGGAAAAAAUCUGCAACUUCACGGGAACAAAGCUGCCAGAGUCUGGAAAAUGAGGCCAAAAACGGUUUUGACCAUGACCUCGUGUCCAUAGGCUUAAAGGUUUAUCCAAUCCGAAGCAGAAUUAGCAGAUCGUUCUCUAAGGAACUCACUCGAGCUGAAGAAGCCCCCCCAGCAGAGAAAGUUCACAAGUCAAGACCCAGAAAAAGAGCUCAGGCCCUCAUCCUAUCCAAUGGAGAACACAAAGUGGAACCAGUUCAGCUGGAUUCCCAGAGUUACUCAGAUAACCAAGCAGAGAAACAUCGUGAGGGAGACUUUACCAUGCUGCCACGUGAAGAACCGACAGCCAGGGGAAGAAAGAGAGGGUCUGAGGAAACUAGCCACGCUUCCACCGUGACUAAAAGGCCUUGCUUUGAUCAGACGACGCAGUCCGGCAGGGAAGCUUUCUCACCAGCUUCUGGAUCUGAAGACCUCUCCUCUACAGAGCAAGACGAAGUCAUCGAUGUGGAAACCGUUUCUCUGAGAUCCGAGAGCGAUUAUCACUUAGACACAAAACUAAAGCAGGAAGAGGAGCGGAGGCAGGUGAUUAGUAAGGAGAGCAGUGAUGAUGAGGUCAUCGAUGUAGAAGUAGACUAGGAGGAGGAGCAUGGGACUCUUUGGGACUGCAGGGAAUGAGACCUGUUUCACCCUUCUUCAAGAAGUUCUGUCUUGAAUGAACAGGGCACGGUUCUGGAUGUUUUUCAUUUAAAUAGUGUUUUUGAUAAUCGUUUACAGUUUUUUACAUUUGUUAAAAAAGAGAAAAGGUUUGUUUUUAUGGUUUUAAGUUCACAACGUAAAAAAAAAAUGCAAGAAGGGAAAAGGUAUUUUGUAUUCAAAGACAUUUUCAGUGUUUUAUUAGUUUUAACUAAUACUAGCCUCUGUUCCUCUGCUUUUGUUUGGCACUUUUUCCUGUCCUACAUUUACAUUUCAACAAUAAAGUGUUUGUUUUACUUUUGCA